AUGUCUCAGGAAACGUUCGGUCGUCCGGGACCCCUCCAGUUUGCAGAACCUGACCAGAACAUCAACUCGAACACAACACAGUUAUCUGGUAUCGGUCCAGUAGAUGCUAAAGUCGCGAAGAACAUGGUGGUGCCCGUCGAAGCACUCACUAGUUACUACAACCUCGCGAAAACAGUCACUCAGCAAGAGAUUGCAGAGCCUUUGUACUUUACCGGAGCCGACGAGGAUGAAAUCACAGACAUAGCCUGUGACGGCUUCAUGAAUAUGGAUGCUCGCCUUAUUCACAGCAUACUGCGUGGCGACGUCCCAUAUGAAUACGCGCGGCAAGACAGUCAGAUCAAGGUUAUUCUAGACAGCAACAUGGCCAGGCAGGUCACCCCCACCGACAAUUCUCUAAUUCAGCCUGUCAUUUACGGCCGGUAUCUGAAAGACCGCAAUGGACGUGGCCUUACCCGCGAACAGCUUCGACGUAUGAUUACGACCAUCCGUAAUUAUUUCGACCCCAAUGCCAGCAAGCAAGGGAUUGCCGCCAUUGAUGCGAGCAUAAGGGAUGAUGCCCCCGAGCUGCGUCCGCUCGCUACAUUUGGGUAUACGGGCAAUGUCCAAAAGUGUUUCCGACAACCUCAGGAGCAUAGCGAGGGAACAGCAACAUUUUUGAACUUAUUCGAGGCUGCAUGCAUUUCUGAGUUUGGCGAGUCUUUCCGUAAAAAACAGUACGUCCUCGCUCUUCUCGACGACUCACCCCAAGCUCAAGUAAUGGAGGCUAUGAUCAUGCGUCUGGGCAAUAGCUAUUGGUUCAAUGGCACUGGCUUCAACAUACAGUACGGUGGAGGCAGCUGUAGUUCGGCUAGAGAAUUUGGCAUCAACAACUGUGUCCGUUUCGUCGAACACAAUCUCCCCACAUUCUUGAGAAACUCUGAAUGGGAGGCAGCGCAGCUAGACGCAGAGAUCGCGCGUGUUGAGGCCAGAGACCCCCGAGAUGAUCCUGAAUACCAAAAGCUUGUCGCUUGGAACAGCUUCCUGGAUGAGCUGCUGGUCAAGAUUGAGGCGGAGAACAAAAGUUAUGAACGUGCCAAAGUGGCCACCCGGAAGUGUGUUGAUACCGUUGCCCUCUUCCACGGUCUUAUCGCAGCUAUGACAUGGGCACAUUCACAGUAUGACAUGACAGGUGCUGCAUCAGAUGAGCCGCCCGCCGCAGAAGACGGUGACUAG